AUGAAACAAGCAUACCAGAAGAUAGCUUCUAUUGCAGGAAAAUGGAAACCCAAACAAGAAGCUAUAGAUAAAGGACUAGAGAUGGUAAAAGAAGUUACGAAAGAGAUCACCUCCGAAACUUUUCAAAACAUUGGCGUGAAUCCGAACAAGUCGCCGUACUCCGAUAUCAAGAUCACGGCGGGGAAGAAAGACGAAGUAGAUAUCAAGAUCACGGCGGGGAACAAAGACGAAGUAAAUAGCACCACCGCAGAAGAAGAACCACUUCAAGAAACGAUCAAGAAACCCGACCCUGUGCGUGUUCACGACGUGAUCUUCAAUGGAAACGAGAAGAAUAAGGAUCAUGUCGUCGAGGCUGAGGAGGAUGUUGUUGAGAGGAAACGCACCAUCACCCGCGAAAUCAGAUAUUUUACUAAACCCGACCCUGUGGCUAGAUCAUCAAGCCUUGAAGGCUCUUUGAAGUACAAGAACAUUUUUGGGUAUGGAGACAUCAUGGACGGAUCUCUUGCAUAUGGCUGUGAUCACUCUGCAGAGGUCGGCUUGGGGAUGUACUUGCCAAGGUUCAGAGGGCGUCCUACUCCAUUUAUGUCGCGGGUUUACCUUUCUAUCCAAGAUUGGCUUAAGUAUUCUUCUUAUAAAGAGCGAGCUGUUGGUCUUUCCUUGGGGCUUAUCGCUAGCAAGUAUCAUGAGCUGGCCUACAAUAUUGCAUGGCGUAACCUGAUAGAUCCAUCGCAAAUGGCAUCAAGAUCAAUAAGGAGACAGCUGGGUCAUAGUUUGGUUUCUGCUCUGAAGUACACUUUCAAAGUUGACAAGAGAAACUCAUCCUUGAGGCCAACACGAGAGUACUCUUUCAUCUCUACUUCUCAAAUUGGUGGUCUUGCGCCUGAUAGUGGAACAUUCCGGUUUUUGCGCCAGAUAAUCGAUCUCAGAUAUGCUGUUCCUGUUGGGUGUUAUCGUGCUGCUCUAAACUUUGGUAUGGCUGCGUAA